GAGUGCUGUGAUGAAGAGCAUCUCGACUUCUGCUCAAUUUUCAAUGACAGUUCGCAGAACUGCAAACCUGCCACACCUUACACUGCACGAAUAGAGGAGGAAAAAGAGAAUGCUGCAAAAUGCACACAAGUGUGGUUGAGCAAAACCCAGCUUGAGGGUGUGGAUGUGGAAGUGGUUCUGGCAACUGUUCAAAAGCAGAUGUUGAACUGGUUUUACGCGUUUCCAUAUCUAUGUCUAGUGGCCUCCUUAAACACUUUAGCUAUGAGUGAUUUCACUUUCACCAAUACUCACUGA